AAUUAAUAUGCUUAUCGUUAGAUAACUAUAUAAAUAUGAUAAAAACGGGCCACACCAAGUUAAUAAUAACGGGAGUUGGAAAAGGUAACUCGGUCAAAAUGAAAAGCUUCAUCGCGUUUGCUUUACUGAUUGUUGGCAUCAGUGCCAAUGCAGUCCCUACCUCCAACGUUGUUACCACCGACGGUCGUAACUUUGUAUCUGACGCCAUCAUCGAAGCUAUUGAGGAUGUCCAGCAGUCCAUUAUUGAUGCAGGAUUAGACCCCCUCAUCGUCAAGAAAGAAGUAUUCACUUACGCUCUCCCGGUACCCACGAUCUUAAGCGCCGCCGCUCUCGUCGAGGAGGUUUACGGCUUCGGUCUCAGCAACAUCGUCAUCAACCACAUCAACUACGCCCUCUUAGCUUCCCGUCUUGACUUCGACAUUGAACUGCCUCUUAUCCAUUUGUCUGCAGACAAAGUCAUUGCUGAGGCUAACCUCUUCAAUAUUAACGCAGAAGGUUCUCUUGACGGCAGGAUUGACCUCCAAUCUCUCCGUGUGAAGGGUGUUGUAAAUGUUAAUAUUGGAAUCAUUUCUGGAAUCUCCAUCAGCAACGUCGACAUCGACCUUACCCUUGGAUCCAUUGAUACCAACAUCAGGCUCGUCAUCCAAGGAAACAACUACUCGGAACAGAUCAACAAAUUCAUAAGCGAAACCAUCCCAGAAGUUCUCGACGAAUUCAAAGACGAUAUCGACGAACUCCUCGGAAUUGUCAUCAGGGACAUCGUCAACGACAACUUGUAAGGCGUCAUCAGAAAACAAAAGAUAAAUAAAUAAUUAUUUAAUAAAUUA